GUCGAUACAAACGAGGCAAAAAGCUUAGCAAUAAGAUUCUUCCAUCUCCUCUCCUCUUGUCCAUCUUCUUCGCACUCUCCGCCGCCCGCCCCCUGUCAUCGUCCUCCCGCGCGCCAACGAUGGCUGCUCCCAUCACCGCCGCCACAUCGCCUCUCUCCCCUGCGUCUCGGGUUCAGGUGAUGUGCUCAAUGCUCAAUCCAACCUCAGCUUCUUUCUCCAGGCAAACAGCAAGCUUCCCGUCCAUUCGGUUGCGCCCGGUCCCAAGUCGCUUCCAGGCCUUGUCUUGUUCGGCCAAACAAGACACUAUUGAUAAGGUUUGCGAAAUAGUUAAGAAUCAGUUAGCAGUAGAUGAAGGCACUGCCGUUUCUGGAGAAACAAAAUUCGUGGACCUUGGUGCUGAUUCACUUGACACGGUUGAAAUUGUGAUGGGCCUUGAGGAGGCAUUUCAGAUUACCGUGGACGAAUCGAGUGCGCAAGUGAUUCAGACAGUGGAGGAUGCUGCUGUGCUUAUCGACAAGCUUGUGGCAGAGAAGGACGCCUAAUUAGCUGUUGCCAAAGCUCAGUUUGUUGUACUACUACAAAAUACAAAUUGUAGUUUACAGGCUAUGAAUGCCGAUGAAUCUCUUGUUGAAUCUAGUGAGUCUCUGCAGGGAUUUGUGCGUGUUUUGUUUGUUUCACAGAUUUUGAAUAAAGGCUGGGAAUGAGUAAGUGUUCUUUCCCUGA